AAAAAAGUGUAUAUAUAGAUGGGUAGGUUGUUCAAGUUCCAUAUUCCUCAUAAGUAAGUCUCUUUAUAGAGUUAGUUAUCCUUGAAUAGGAAAAGGUUUGGUUAGUUUGUGAAACGAACCUUGUUGGUGGUACUUAAUUUGUGAUGGCAUCAUCAGUAAGUGGCCAGGCUUUGGUUCUGCUUCACAGUAGAGGAAACCGUCCUCUGAGAUUUGGAGUGAAAAAUGGUUCGGUUUUUGAGCAUUGGGAAAGAUUGGGAUUGAGUAAGCGCAUAAGGGCAAUAGGGGAUAACAGCUUUGAGGAAAAAGAUGGGGCAGAGUCUGUGUUUCUGGCCAACUCUCAAAAGAGGAAUAAGGUGCUAGCUUUGCAGAAUGAACUACUUCAACAGGUUGUGGAAAUAAAGAAACUGGUUUCUUCCGAAUCAGGAGGGGAAAAUAUAUCUUAUGAACUCAGUGACAAAUCUCCCUUAAAUAAAUCAAGUCCACAGAAUGGUUCCACCUCUGAUGAAGCUAAUAAGGAGAAAGACGUUAAAAUAUAUUUUAAUGAACAAUUGAAAGACAAUCAACAUGAAACAAUUAGGCCUGAUACUCUCUCAGCCUUCUUUGCAAAUGGCACUGAACUUUUGAAUAUAAAGGUUGAAAAUCAGGAAGAUGUGAAUGAAACUGCUACUACUAUUGAGGGUGAAGGUGAAACUGAAAUACCCCCACCUUUGGCAGGGACCAAUGUCAUGAAUGUCAUAUUGGUUGCAGCAGAAUGUGCUCCCUGGUCAAAAACAGGUGGGCUUGGAGAUGUAGUUGGCUCCUUACCAAAGGCUUUGGCCAGACGUGGACAUAGAGUUAUGGUUGUGACACCUCGCUAUGGUAAUUAUGCAGAAGCCCAAGAUACAGGAGUGAGAAAAACGUACAGAGUAAAUGGUCAUGAUUUGGAAGUAAAAUAUUUCCAAGCCUUCAUUGAUGGUGUAGACUUUGUUUUCAUUGACAAUCCAGUUUUUCAUCAUCUAGAACGUAACAUAUAUGGAGGAAGCCGAUUGGAUAUUCUGAAACGCAUGGUGCUGUUUUGCAAGGCAGCUGUUGAGGUUCCUUGGCACGUUCCAUGUGGGGGUGUUUGCUAUGGAGAUGGAAAUUUGGCAUUCAUAGCAAAUGAUUGGCAUACUGCAUUGCUGCCUGUAUAUCUGAAGGCAUAUUAUCGUGACCAUGGUUUAAUGAAGUAUACAAGAUCAGUUCUUGUGAUUCAUAACAUAGCUCACCAGGGUCGGGGGCCUGUCGAUGAUUUCUUCCUUGUGGAUUUACCUGAGCACCACAUAGACCUUUUCAAAUUAUAUGACCCCAUUGGAGGUGACCACUUCAACAUCUUUGCAGCUGGAUUAAAGGCAGCAGAUCGUGUUGUCACUGUUAGUCAUGGAUAUGCAUGGGAGCUCAAGACUUCUGAAGGUGGUUGGGGCUUGCAUGGGAUCAUAAAUGAUAACGAUUGGAAACUGAGAGGCAUUGUAAAUGGAAUUGACAACAAAGAUUGGAACCCUGAGUUUGAUGUUCACUUGAAAUCAGAUGGCUACACUAACUACUCCCUUGAGACACUCUCUAGUGGCAAGGCUAAAUGUAAAGCAGCAUUGCAAAAGGAGCUUGGUUUGCCUGUGGACAAGGAUGUUCCGGUAAUCGGAUUCAUUGGAAGGUUGGAUCAGCAGAAAGGAGUUGAUCUCAUAGGUGAAGCAAUUCCUUGGUUGAUGGGCCAGGAUGUGCAGCUAGUGAUGUUAGGCACUGGAAGGCCUGAUCUAGAACGCAUGCUUAGGCAAUUUGAGAGCCAACACCAUGACAAGAUAAGGGGUUGGGUUGGCUUUUCUGUGAAGAUGGCUCACAGGAUCACGGCUGGUGCAGACAUAUUGCUUAUGCCAUCAAGGUUUGAGCCAUGUGGAUUGAACCAACUCUAUGCCAUGAAUUAUGGGACAGUUCCUGUUGUGCAUGCUGUUGGUGGACUGAGAGACACAGUGAAGCCUUUUGAUCCUUUUAGUGAGUCAGGAGUUGGGUGGACAUUUAAUAGUGCAGAUUCAGGUAAGUUGGUAGAUGCAUUAGGGAAUUGUUUAUGGACCUAUAGGGAGUAUAAGAAGAGCUGGGAAGGGCUUCAAAGGAGAGGAAUGACACAAGAUCUUAGUUGGGACAAUGCUGCUCAGCAGUAUGAGGAGGUGCUUCUUGCUGCCAAAUACCAAUGGUGAACUUUUGGCAUUUGUUCCAUCUAAGAAUACUGGUCCAUAUGGAGCUUGUUCAUGUUGAAUACUUUUCAGUGUGCUAAUUGAUGUAUUAGGGAAGAGAAUUGUGCUAGUUAUUUACGAGUCUGUUUGAAUACAAACUUAGAAACACUUUUGAGAAAUUUUCUACCGAAAAAUACUCUUUAUUUUUUUGUAGAGAAGUUCUCAAAAGCUCUACUAAUUUUUAUCCACCAAGUUCUAAACUUUAUAGGUUAGUAUAGAGCCUCAGUGAUGGGAAAUGGGAAGGCCAAAUUUUGGUGAUGCUUGGGUUAUGUAACUGUUAUAUAGUUGACCCUUUGUGUCAAUGUAAAAGGAAUUAAGGAUCAUACCAUGUUUAGAACAUGUUUAAUUCA